AUGGCUCCAAACACUUCCAGAAAGCAAAAGAUCACCAAGACUUUCACCGUCGAUGUCUCUUCUCCAGUUGAGAACGGUGUCUUUGACCCAGCUUCUUACGCUAAGUACUUGAUCGAUCACAUCAAGGUCGAUGGUGCCAUUGGUAACUUGGGUAACGAUGUUACCGUUGAAGAGAAUGGUAACGUUGUCACCAUUGUCUCCACCACCAAGUUCUCUGGUAAGUACCUAAAGUACCUAACCAAGAAGUACUUGAAGAAGAACCAAUUGAGAGACUGGAUCAGAUUCGUCUCCUCCAAGACUAACCAAUACAAAUUGGCCUUCUACCAAGUCACUCCAGAGGACGAAGAGGAUGAGGAAUAA